AGAACAUUCAAAAUCUUGCAUAGUAAAUUAAAAUUUCUACCUCCGCCCCUGCCUGAGAUCUUAGCACCAUACAAGGUAUUGCAUUGGCUAAUUAAAAGUACAUACGUAAUUUUUGUUUAAAUAUUUAACAACAAAAAAUGGAGGCUUUGAUACAACAAAAGGUAUUGGAAGUAGCGAAUCAUGUCGAAAAACAAUUAGAUGCUGAAUUAGAACAGCUUGAAAAACUUGACACCGAUGAUCUUGAAAAAUUGAGAGAAAAAAGAUUGAAAGAGUUGAAAGAAAUUCAUCAUCAAAAACAAACGUGGAUCGCCGCAGGCCAUGGAGAAUAUAAUGAAAUCUACAACGAAAAAGAAUUUUUCGAAGUAUCAAAAAAAUCUCAAAAUAUUGUAUGCUUAUUCUAUAAAGAUGACUCUCCUAGAUGUAAAAUAGUGGACCAACAUUUCAAAAUUCUGGCUAAAAAACAUGUAGAAGCACGAUUCUGCAAAUUAAAUGUUGAACGGGCUCCAUUUUUAACAGAACGACUGAAAAUAAAAAUAAUUCCAACCAUGACUAUUGUCAAAGACAGCAAAACUGUAGACUAUAUAGUUGGGUUUACUGAUGUAGGAAACUGCGAUGAUUUUUCAACUGAAAUGUUAGAGUGGCGUAUUGCUCGUUCCGGAGUAAUUUCAUACAAUGGAGAUUUAUUGCAUCCUCCUGAGGCAGGAGGGAAAAAGAAAAUUUCGAUCGUAAAAAAAUCAAAAACCAUCAGAGGUAACAAUGACUCUGAUGACAGCUGUGAUGAAAUUUAAAUUUGAAAUCAUUUCAUUCAUCUAAAGAUUUUGCAUUAAUUUUCAUUUUUUAUAUCCUUGCCUUACAUCAUAUUAUUUAACAAAGAUGUCAAUUUAUAACAAAUUUCUCGGCGGAUUCGUCUCAAAAAAAUCUUUAGUAUUAUAAGAGUUAAUGAAUCACAAGUUGCAUUUAAUAUACUAUAAUUUUUUCCCAUUUAUCUACACGCUGCUAAUUAUCUCUAAUUUUGUAAUGUAUCACAAAUUAUUUUGUAUCUUUAUAUUGUCAAAGGUUUAAUGAAUUUUUCACGGGCUUUUAUACUCAUCAAUUAAUACUUA